UGCAGCUAAGAAUCAUCAUACAAAGCUUAUGUUGAAAGACACGCAUGCUGAGGACGAAGAUGCGAAGGUGGUAAUAUUGCCUUCAGAGGAUACUUACAAUAUUACCGCGGGACGACUAGGACGGAAUCAUUCUAUAGCGACAACGUCUAUCGCGGAGGAGCAGGAAAGCGUGCCUACUUCUGGUCUCGCAGCAACAGCGGCUACGACCAGCUUAGA